AUCCAGAAUACACCGGACCCUACGAUACGCGGGCCGCCGGGCAGACAAAUCCUGGUUGUCAGUGCUACAAGCGUUUCUCCCAUGGGCGGGCGAUCAUGGCCUCCAGAAGACUUUCCAAAAUCCCUCCCUUCUCCCUCCACCGUCUCUUCAUUGAGAAGGAAUCCUCUCCCGGACCCUAACCCUAACCCUGACCCUAGCCAUGGCGUCCUCCCCAAUCCCUCCUCCCCCCCGGCUCCUGUCCUCCCCCUCUCCCUCUCCCCCGCGCCCCCUUCCCACCUCGCCCGCUUCCUCCGUUCCCACCUCAAGCCAUCCUUCACCCCUGCCGACCUACUCCACCUCCUUCGCCGCCGCCUCCGACACCACCCCGGCCUCGCCCCGUACGACCUCGACGUCUUCCUCUGGGCCGCCGGCGUCGACUCCUUCCGCCACGAUCACUCCACCUACGAGUGGAUGGUCCGCACCCUUGCCGCCACCGGUCGCCUCGACCCCCUCCUCCGCCUCCUCUGCCUCCUCCUCUCCCACCCCUGCCCCUGCGCCGAUGGCAUCUUCGCCUGCCCCCGCCUCGAGCCCAUCUUCCGCUUCGCCCUCCACGCUUUCUGCCGCGCCGGCCGCCUCGCCGACGCCGCCGCCGCCCUCGACGAUGCUCGCCGCUCCCUCGACGGCCGCCCCGCCGCCGCCCUCUACAACAUCCUCCUCCACGGAUUCGCUCGGUGGGGCGAGCACCGGAAAGCCCUCGACUUGUUCGACAAAAUGCUCAGGGAUCGAGUCAGGCCGGAUGCUUUCACCUUCAACAUCCUGAUCAGCAGCUCAUUUCGAAAUGCCGACUUCGAUGAGGCUUUGGAUUGGUUUCGAGAGAUGAGGGCGAGGGGCUGCGAGCCCAGUGUGGUCACCUUCAACACCCUGAUCAAAGGAUUCUUUAGAGAGAAAAAGAUAAAAGAAGGAAUUGGAGUUGCCCGUGAGAUGCUCGAUCUCGGAUGCCAGUUCUCGGUCCCGACCUGUGAGAUUCUAAUGAAUGGGCUCUGCAAAGAACGUGGUAGGGUCCAGGAAGCGAGUGAUCUUUUGAUGGAAUUCUUGCAGAAAGGAGCCAUUGCCGAGGGGUUCGAUUGCUUGGUCUUGGUGGAGGCUCUCUGUAAAGAAGGAAGAGUGGAGAGGGCGCUGGAAAUGGUGAAUUUUUUGUGGGAAAAAGGGAUGCUUGUGAGUGUGGUGACAUGCACUACCUUGAUAGAGGGGCUGAGGAACUUGGGGAAGAUAAAUGAGGCUUAUGGGUUGAUGGAGAAGAUGAUACAGAAAGAAAUACUUCCCGAUACCAUUACCUUGAACUGUCUUUUGGAAACUCUCUGUAAUGCUGGAAGAACAGCGGACGCAAACCGGCUGAGAGUUUUAGCUUCGAAGAAAGGAUUCGAACCUGAUGGAGUGACAUGGGUACUGGUAAAGGGAUUCUCGAGGGAAGGGAGAACAAGGGAGGGGGAAGGAGUGGUGGAUGAGAUGCUGGACAGAGGGUUUAUACCAAACAUUGCGAGUUAUAACAGGUUAAUGGAGGGGUUUGCAAAAUGGAAAUAAAUCUCGAACUCUGCGAUGAAAUUUUUAAGCUGUGGCAGUGAACUGAUGAAAUAUUGUUUGUACAUUCACCUCCCACAUUUGGUGGCAGGUUGCUGAUCUUUGCUAUUUCUGGAUCAGAUGAAGAGAGAAUUACAGUAGGAUGGAACUUGGUUGAUUCAGAGAUUCGAGAGUUGUGCUGUGUAAAAGAGUGGAUGCUUGGGAGAUAAAGAAGAUAUGUUGCUGACAAGCCUGGAAAUUGUCCACGAGGAGUGGAAGAUUGGAGGAACAUGGACUAAAAUAAACCUGGUCAUGAUUGGAGGAAGAAGACUGUCAUAAGGUUUUGGCUGAGCUUAAAACCUUAGUACAUGGAUAUUGCCACCCUCUUUAUUGCUGGUCCAAUAUAGAUUAUAACUCAGUGAUACUCAAAUUUGGAGUGCCAUAAUGCUAGCAGCGAGGCUGUUGGCAUCAUUUCCAUGCGUUUUAAAAAGUUUGGCUUGCAAAGAAGGUGAAAAAUAUCAUUGAAUGUAAAAGAAAUGAGAGAAAAACUAGAGAAAUAUUGAGAUUUUAUUUAGUAGAAAGAAUCUUAAAAUCAAUGUGUAGGACAGCAAGAGGAGUGCAACAGCAGAAAACUAUUUUGGUUGUUGUACCACUUCUUUUGUUUGAGAAGAGCCUCCAACUUGGAAUUGUGAAUAAUGGAGAUUUUUAUGUGUAAAACCAACUUAUUGUACUAUUUUGUGUUUCGACAUCUCACCAAAUAUAAUGCAAUUUAAUCUUGGCAGCAA